ACUGGUACCAGACGACUUACACUUCAGUCGUCCAGACGACUUUCAACAUCUCAGACGACUCAGACGAUUUACUGGGGAUAUAUUCGUAAAAAUGGCUUCUGUUUUUUUGUUUGGUCACAAAGGGCUUAGCUGUAAUUUCACUAGGUUUUUAGGUUAGUUUUGCAUUUGAUUCAAGUUUGGGUAUAGGUUUGGGAUUAAAAUCAAGUUGUGGGUUACUUUUGGUAAAAACCCCUUAUUGUUUUAUACUCCUAUCUGUUAAGAGUAAUGAUAAGCGUUGCUUUCGAAUAUGGGUUGGUGUAAGUCUGUAAGAUGAAACGAGGUUAGGAAAAUAGUAAUGGUUGUGGGUUGGGAUAAAACGGCGACGUAGGAGCGGGUGUGGGAGAAAGCGGCUUCAUAAUGAGAGGUAGAGAAGAUAGGUUUGAUUGGAUUCUUGUCCCCAACUCCGCAAUCAAAAAGGGUAAAGAAACUAUCUCAUCGUGAUUCCCGUGUAGAUCCAAUGGUUAGAUUCAACUCUUUAUCCACGUGGAUGGAUCUGAACAUUUUGGAGUAUUAAUUAUAGAAAAAAUAAAGAGUGAGGCGGCACCGACGGUGAGGCAGCGCAAGUAAUCCUUUUCAAAAGACUGAAUCAGUGACGAUGGUGCCCACAUUUCUUCUUUUCUUUAAUAUUGAUGAAAAGUUAUCAGUAGCGAGCAAAAGAAAAAAUGUAAAAAUUUCUUUUUCUGAUACGUAGAACUACUCAACUAGUAUUGUACGAACAAAUUCAUACAAAGUGUUUUAAACUUAAAAUCCUCAGUUUUUACAACCGUUUCUUUUUUGAUAAACAUUUACAACCGUAUCUAAGACAAUGAUUUUUUUAACUAUAAAAAAUGAAAUUAUAUUAGUACGAUAUGAUUUGCUAAUGUAGUAAUUUCACAAGUGAUAACCAGACGGAAUGAUUAUUGGACAGUAGAUAAGAGAGUAUUAGGGCCGGCGCGCGUGAAAGAGGCAUGAGAUGUAAGUUCUCUGUUGACGAGGUUUAUGUCGGGAUUCUUGGUUGUCUUCACAUGCAUCUCCACCGUCCGAUAAAGUUUGAUAUUCAUUGUCUUUUUUUUUAGUAAUUGUUUUCUACUGUAUUUUAUUUCUCACCCAUACAUUAGUUUACGUGAAUACACCAUAAAUUUUUUUUUUUACAUUUUGGUCCCUCAUUUGAUUAUCUUACUAUCCCCACUCUCUUGAUUUUCCAUAUAGAACUACAAUUUUUUUUUCUUAAUUCGUGCUUGAUUUUGGAAAAAAUGGUAAGAUGUAUAUACAUCGUUAUGAACCAUAUAAAGCGAUGUUGUUUACACUCUCUUCAAAAAUAACGAUUUUCUGCAAUUUGUUUUAAAAAAACAUAUAAAGCGGAAAUAUUAUAAAUUUAUACUUAUAUUAGAAUAAACAAGAUACAUGUUAGUUGCAGAUACGGCUAUCAGGAUCACAUCACAAUUAUUAAAGAGCUAGAAAUAUAUAUACGUAUUAAAAUAUUAUUAUAGUGGGAAUAAUUCAUUUAAAGGUUAAAGACACGUGUGAAACAAGAUUAACUGCGGCGGCCGCUUUACAUGGGCUAGGACCCACACGCUUCAUAGUAAGGUCAUCCAGAAUCUCAAUCCCAACCAACCAGAUUUUUUCCCUCCUUUUUCUUCUCACCAGAUGCCAAGUCGGCCAUUUACACCACACUUACUAUUCAUAUUAUUGCUUUGUUCACUCCCUCUCUUUUUGACAUUUACAACCACAGUACCAUAAUUAAUAUUUAAAACUAACACAACCACUUAUGGUACACUGCAUUAACCAAACUCCCAAGAAAAUUAACUGCAGACCCAACAAGUACAGUUUCAAAAUUAGUUUCAAGUAAGUAACAUCAAUAACCGGAGUAACUAACAUUAGUUAAAGCUUUUGUAAGUUAGGCUUUCUUCGAUAAAAAUAAAAAAAAAUAUAGAAAUUAAGUUUGUAGAAAAAUAUAGAAAUUAAGUUAUAUUCCCUCUGUUUUUUAAUAUAAGUCGUUUUAGAGAAACUUUUAUAUUUUAAAUUAUAUGAUAUUUUCGGUUUUUUAUGUAAAAUUUAUUAACACUUAAUGUUAUAUGACUAAUGAUAAUAUACUUUUUAUUUUAUUAUUAGUUGAUUUGUGGUUAGAUAAAUAAUUAGUAAAGUUUUGUUUAUAAAAUAUAAAAAGUUAAUGAUUUCUUAAUCUAUGUGUACAAUUCUAAAAUGGUUUAUAUUAAAAAAACAGAGGGAGUAUGGUCUUUUUAGCUCCAUAUAGCUUUUUGGGUUGUUGUCUUGCUGGUUAAUUAUUCAUUUCUUCUGCUAUCUCUUGAGUAUUUUCACUGUUAUACUAGUCAAAUAGCUUGAGUUAUAUGGUAUCUUCAUUAAAUUAAGUCUCGACGCAAUUUGGAGGUAUAUGGUGUCUUCAUUAAAUCAAGUCUCAAUGCAAUUGUGGCAAAAUAUCACUAAUAAAAAGGUAGGGGUUGGAAGGAAGAAGAAUAGAAUACACGGGUGAGUAAAUUUUGUUAAAAAGUUUCAACCAAUGCUAAGCUGCCACGGUAGUUGCUUCACCUGGACACAUGUUACCUAUAAUGGAGACAGGUGGCGCUUUAAACUGUCGUAACGUGACAGACAGUCACAAUAGAAGAUGGUUGCGUCGGCUGAGUGCGCUGAUAUUCCCACGUGUGGCCGCGCGCGAAGUAGGACCUACCGGGUCCAAUUGCUAUGUUGACGCGGCGCGUGAGACACGUGUUGGUGUCGUGGUUAGUACAAAACACCUUAUUGGAACUCUACAAAAAUACGAGGACCACUUAUUCCAUUGCGUUGCGUAUUUAUUUAUAUUCAUACUGUAAACACACAUUCGUGUCUCCUUUCAUUUAUUUAUUUAUUUUUUCAUUAAUGUGGGUUGUGGGAGGUCACCGCUACCGUUAAAGUGUCGUUAGGUCAGCUGAACUGUCGUCUUUCAUUGAAAUUUCAAGGAAAGCUUAUUGGGCUUCACGUGUCCGUUUCGACAUUUACAAUCACGCCGUCAACUCCAUUUCAUUUAUUUUAAUAUAAAUAGAAUUACGUAAAUAGUGUUUUUGAACUUUUUUCUUUUUCAUAAUAUUAUUAAAAGAAGAAAAUUAGUGGAGACCAGAAUUUCUCUCUCUCCUUUUGGAGAUGAGAUGAAGCUUUCAUCGAUGCUCUACCAGAGCUUUGAUUAUCUUUCUUUAGGUUUGAUUCUGAGAAACUUUGGAUCUUCAGGCUUCGCCGACUUAGUUUCCGGAAGAAGAUAACUUCUCUAACAUUUUUUUCGCCGGCUCUAUUCCCACGUCGUACUAUCCUCUCAUUGAUGGCGGUUCUGUCUAUGGGUUCUUGAGUGGUGACUCGGCUUGAUUUCAUGUUUUGAUGGCUUGAUGUGACGGAUGAGAUUUCGAUUUGUUCGAUUGAUGCUUUCCGAUGAUCUGAAAUCAAGGGAUAAUGGUGUAUGAAAGUUGAGUGAAUGAUUUUAACCGUUUGGAUGGAGGUUUUGUUUCUGGAUGAGGUCUUGAUUUCUCGUCUGAUACUCUCCGGUGAUAACAUGCAAAGCUGAUGAAGUGGUGAGUUUGGGUAAGUGCUUUCUCCCAGUGUGAUCCGGUGAGGCGCCGUUCGGUUUCCGGCAAAGUCCGGUGAAACGCCGUCCAGUCUCCGACAUGAUUAUCUUUCUGACGCGUGUCGUGCUUCGCUGUUGAGGUUUUCGACACGUCUUUAUUCGGCGUGACAUGUGUGUCGCAUCUCACGUUUUUUGAGAUUGGGUCUCUUGUUGGUCUGUUUCAAGUUUGGACCAGUGUUAGGCCAUUAUGUUUAAUUUUUUGGGUUUUAUGUUUGUAACUAGAUUUCCUUCUUUUAAUAAUAUUACCAGUGUUUUUGAACUUCUAAUUGCUUUGUCCAUAUAUAUAUAUAUAUAUAUAUAUAUAUUUUUUAUAUAUAUUACUUGUAUAGUUUCCUUUUUGAUAGCUGUUCUGUUAAAAAAAAAGUUUCCUGUUUGAUACUGAUCUUUUGGUGGUUGCACAUCGGUAUAGUAUAAACCGAUAUCUGGUUUCUUUUGGUUUUGGUUUAAGGCAUCUGGUUGGUCUAAUUGAUUCAUGUAUAUAAACCAGGCCAAUUGUACAUUUGAUUAAUCAGCGAGAAUUAAUUCAUUUACUCAUAUAGAAUCAUAUAUAUAGACUUGAUAGUUGAUACUGUAUAACGCGAACCUCUCCAAGAAAGCAAAACGCAAACUAAGUAUAUUUGUAAACAUGAACAUAUUACUACGUUUUAUUCGUGUUGUUUUGAAAGCAUCAGCAAAGAACCGACCCAUAUCCAGCCUGAGUUAAAAGCAUUAAAAGAAAGUCUAGUUGAGCCCAUUUAACUGCCCAUGUAAAGAGAAUCAUGCAACAGAAACAUUUUCGGCCGUUCAUUAUUUGUUACAUGUUUAGCAAAAAAGAAAAAAAAAAGUCAAAGGUGGUGCUAAAACGUCAGUCAUAGCCGCAAAGAAAGCGGCGGUGGAAGCUGACAUGCAACUUAUGACGUUCGUGUCAUCUUACCCGACACUCUCUCGCUCUCUAGAAACAAGAUAAUGUCACAUGCAUUUACGCUUGUGUUCUUUUAUUACAUCAACAUAUUACAUUUACAAUCGAGUUCUCAUCUUCGAACCAUGACGGGUAAGGAAGUUCUCCACAAGAUGAAGGAAACCGUCAAGGAGAAAGUUGGGCUUGGUUCGUCAGCAGAUUCAGGGAAGGGCAAGAGCAAGAUGUCGAAGCAGAUCACACACGGUUUCCACUUGUUGAAAGGGAAAGCACUCCACGAGAUGGAGGAUUACGUGGUUGCCAAGUUUAAAGAAGUCGAUGACAAUGAGCUUGGCCUCUUUGCUAUCUUCGAUGGCCAUCUCAGCCACGAGAUUCCUGACUACUUGUGCUCCCAUUUGUUUGACAACAUCUUGAAAGAGCCAAAUUUCUGGCAAGAACCCGAGAAAGCGAUAAAGAAAGCUUAUUACAUAACGGACACUAAGAUUCUAGACAAGGCUACUGACUUGGGGAAAGGAGGUUCCACUGCUGUGACUGCUAUAUUAAUCAACUGUCAGAAGCUGGUGGUUGCUAACGUUGGAGACUCUCGAGCUGUUAUUUGUAAAAGUGGUGUUGCCAAGCCACUCUCUGUGGAUCAUGAACCUAACAUGGAGAAGGAUGAAGUAGAGAGCAGAGGAGGAUUCGUUUCAAACUUUCCAGGGGAUGUUCCUAGAGUUGAUGGUCAACUGGCUGUGACAAGGGCCUUUGGUGAUAAGAGUUUGAAGAUGCAUUUGAGUUCUGAACCAUAUGUUACGAUGGAAGUCGUUGAUGAUGAUGCAGAGUUUCUUAUCCUAGCUAGUGAUGGACUUUGGAAGGUUAUGUCGAACCAAGAAGCGGUUGACUCGGUUAAGGGAAUAAAAGAUGCAAAGUCUGCAGCAAAGCGCCUUGCAGAGGAAGCUGUUGCAAGAAAAAGCUCAGAUGAUAUCUCAGUGGUGGUCGUGAGAUUUCAGUGAGCUCAGUUAACGGAGAGAAGAAGAGAGACCUCUGCAGAUUCCAUUGUUCAUAAGUCUUACUGGUCACUGAAACAAGUAAAGAGUCUUUCAGUUUGGACCAGCUAAAGAAUCAGAAAAUGAAACAAAGCAUUGGCAUUUCCUCUGUAAGAUGCAAUCGUCACCACUUCUAUUUGCUCUUCUACUUUUUCUUUCUUUCUAUUCCAACCUAUUUGUCUGUUUGUGGGAAUAAAAUAAACAGUCCAAGCUUUCUCUGCUACAUUUUUAACUAUACAUUACAACAGUUUAUGAAAGAUAUAUAGUUAUAAGUAGUGGCUACUGAAAGAGACAAGAUAUAAAAGGUUUCAUAAGCAAAACUGUACUUUCCCUCCUUUUCUCACAUCUCCC